GGAUCAUCACAUCAAAUAUUUCAUUUCUUUGUGGUCACAGCAGCAUUAGUUCAUUAUUAUGGAGUUAUACAUGCUAUGGGAUAUUGGCAUUCUCAAAAUCAUGAUUGUAGUACGCCACCAAUGAAA